AUGUCUCUUCAAGAAUUUUUAGUAGAAAAGUUUAGUCAGUUUCAACCCCCCGCCCCUGAAGUGAUAAGUCGGAGCAAAUACUCGGUUACCCUCGACUGGAGUAAUAUAGAACCAUUUGAAUUUAUCGCCGAUCGCCUGCUGUACAGACUUGAGAAGGACAAUAAGAUACCGCCUUGGAUUGUAGUAUACAGAGGUGGUAAAACAAAAAAAGAAAUAGACAAUUUAGCUCCAAGACACCCUCACAAGUUUAGAUUGAAAGUAAUUGUACAGACAGAAGCAGUACCCACCCUUGCUGACAGAGCUGUGCUUUUCUAUGGGAGUGAAGAGGCUGUAUAUGAAAAAUUGAGUGGAUUAAAUGACAAAGACCAAAACAGUGAUGGUGAUAAUAAAAUGUCUAUACCAAAUAUAACGGUUACACAAAAUUUAGAUGAUAUUGAAACACGCGGAAAAGCGGACGAGUUAAAACCUGUUUUAAGGCCAUCAUCAGCAGGAAAUCGUCCAGAACACAAAUGGUUAGAGUGCCAGUGGUCCGAGGAGAGGUGGACCAACACAGACACCGACGGCACCUCCAUCAUGUGCUUCUGCAUGGCCGUGCGCUGUGGGUUCAUCAAAGAGCUCCAGUGCAUGCUUGAAGAGAGGCCAGAACUCAUCGGUAUCCUGAACCCAACGAACGGCUUCAGUCCUCUGGCGACAGCCGUCAGAAAAGGAGACAUAAACACGAUAAGAUUCGUGUUGUCGGCUGGCGCGGAUGUGAACCAGCCCUCUGCCACCGGACAAACGCCGCUGCACCUCGCGGUACUCGCGGCGCGGAUACCCAUCGCAGAACUGCUACUUGAGAAAGGUGCUGACUUUCAGGCAGGUGACGUAAAUGGACUACGCGUGGAGCACUACGCAGUAGAGUCGUGUGAUUUGGAGAUGAUUCGCUACAUUCUGGACAAGGGGGGGGACAUCCACGCUCAAGACAACAACGGCUGGACACCGCUUUUCAGAGCACUGUGUCAGGGGGCCACGACAGCUAUCAUAGAGGAACUGGUGAUGCGUGGCAGUGACUUGACAGUAGCAGACGGAGCUGGACUGCCACUGACAUCCGUGGCGAGGAUCAUGAAUAACAGGCAUGGUCGCAACCGGGACUCCGUGCUUCGGCUGGUGGAUAUGAACUAUCCCCACGAGAUUGCAAUGGCAAACUUCACGCGUCUCACCAAGAAAAUCCACAACGUCCACACGAUACUUAGACUGCCUUCACUUUCUAAGAAGCCUAAUCUUAGACAAUAA